AUGGAAGAUACUGUAUUGAUCAAUACUUUAAUUGGAAGUACGAGUGACAACACACUGAAAUUGAUUGCGAGAAAAGACGACUGGGCUUCUACCGAUAUGGUCAGUUCAAGCGAGAAGCUGGAUCAUGGGGAGAACUCUGGUAAUUUAGACGUUCCCGACGUUAAUAGAGACAAUAAGAUGAAGGAGCAGCCUCUUGAAGGAGGUAAUAAUGAGAGUGAAACUCAGUCUAGCGGAUGUGGUAGUGCAGCUCUACCACAGUAUACGGAAGAUCAACCACAAAUUGUAUUCAUCGACCCAGUCGGUACUCGCUGGACUUUUCCAUACGAGGCGGCUAAGACCUGGAGUGGUGUCAAGAAACUGAUCAAAUCCGUUUUUCUCGAUAUAUAUGUCCCCAAUAGAGUCUCAGAUCUACUUGACAUGGAGACAAAGGGCCCCACUGAUAAUUUCUCAAUUAUUCAAAUCAAACCUGGAUCCUCCAAGGUCUUGCGCAGUCACUGGGAAAGUUUGGUGUUACCAGGCUGGGAAUUCAAGAUUGAGUUUACUAGGGUCGACAUUUUGGAUUGUAUCCGCGAAGAAAAAGAGGAUAUGGAGAGAGACAGUGAUAAGGAAUCUGUCGCACCAGCCGAGGAUAUAAACAAGAUAGUCUAUGUGGCACAUUAUUUGACCCCAGACGAGGACGGUGACUAUAGAAGCAGCAGCACUCGGCGCAAAGAAGAAAGGGUUAAACCUACAGAAGGUUCUGAAAUUCAGAUUCGCAAAUCCGUUCUUGAAGAGUACAGAGAGGUGUACUUUAGCAACCCACAUGCCAUCAACUUGGAUGAAAUGGUAGAUACAAUCGGUAUCCCUGUUCUCUACAUUCACUCGCCAAUUCUUCUGGAUGCUCUUCGAGCUAUCAUUGAUUUCCAAUCAAUCCCGGAUAAGUUUACGCCAAAGGAAUUUCGAGCGAAAUCUACUAUCAGCGAUCUUGGCCUGGGGCGUUUUGUGUACCCUUUCGUCGACCUUCAUCACUAUCAAGAGAAACUUCUUGGAUACCGGAAGGUGGUAAAAGAAAGCCAUGAUGACGAAUACCAUGUAGUUUGUGUGGAGCAUAUUAAUAUCUUGAAUGAAUAUCUAGAAGGACUGACAGAGCUUGGCUUGAAAGAUGCCGAGCGUCUUGCUAGUGGCUCGGUUCCAAAAACAACUUUUACGACUCUGUGGCUCCUGCUCAAGCCUGGUUCAGAUGUUUACGUUCGUGAAAAGGGGAAGCUGAAUGCAUAUGUGAUUGAAUCAUUUGAAGGUGGAAUCAAAUGGGAUUCUCCAUCAGAGCGUUCGGACCCAUACACUGUCGACGUCUGGAAUCUCAACUUUGAUGGGCAGUAUUUGACCCGAUCUGUCAAGACUAUCACUAUUCCUGUGUUUGAUAACGAUCGUGAGAUAAACUCAUUGCCUAUAUUCCCAGUUCGGUUCCACGUCGAUGAAGACCCUCAGAACCCUCUAUAUCAGCAGUUGGUGGAUAGAGGGAAACGAUUUGUGGAAGUGAUGAGAAAGCCUUCAUUUCAAGAGUACAAUGGACCAAGUAAGCUGCAAGGUAUCCGCACCUUUAAUCAAGCGAGAGUCGUUAUCGACCAUCAGAGUCUGCCAUGGAACUCUAUUGAUGAUCCAAAUGCUCACACACCAUGUGAAAACUUCGUCGGUUAUGAGCUGGGUGAACGAACAAGAACUGCACGAUGCCCAUGUCAAUCAUGCGAGACCAAGAACCCACGCAAAAAUGGUGUAGAGCGUCGCGUAUUCGACGACUAUGAUGAUAUUGAUCUUAGCUCAAGAGAAACCUUAGAUGAUCACCAAUAUCUCCUUUGCUGGUCACAUGUUUAUGGGUUUGUGUUAAAGGACCGUGUCUGGGAUGUCCUGGAGGUCUCUGGCUUGAGAGAUCCGAAGAUAGACAAGGACAUUAUCGAUUCGCUAGUACUGAAGCCGGACAGCAACAAAUACUUGAUCAAAGCAGUCUGUGAGAUAUUUGGGGGAACAUACCCUCAAACAUUCUCUGCAGAUUUUGUUCGGGGAAAAGGAGAAGGACAGAUAUUGUUGCUUCAUGGCCCCCCAGGGACAGGGAAAACUCUGACGGCUGAGUCUGUCGCAGAGUAUACAGGUCGCCCUCUGCUGAGUAUUACUGCUGCUGAUCUGGGCCAUGAGCCAGAGCGACUGGAGAGCAACUUGCUUCGAUUCUUCAGAAACGCAAGGAAAUGGAACGCGAUAGUGCUUCUUGACGAAGCUGACGUGUAUCUUGAGACACGCUCUUCUCAAGACCUUCGGCGGAACAGCAUUGUAUCCAUUUUUCUCCGGGCUCUUGAUUAUUUUGAGGGCCUUCUUUUUCUCACAACUAACCGCGUCGGAAGCUUUGAUGAAGCGUUCAUGUCACGAAUCCAUGUGCAGAUCGGAUACGACCCUCUCGAUGAUGACUCGAGGAGAAAGAUCUGGGAAGGUUAUUUCAAAAAGCUAAGCAAAAACCAUGAAGAUGGAGGCCAGCUCAUUCGCUACAAUUACGAUGCCAAGGAGUAUGUUCGUCGAGAGAGGGAUCUUCGAGUCCUCAAAUGGAAUGGUCGCGAGAUACGGAACGCCUUCCAAACAGCCGUUGCGCUGGCGUGCUUCCAGGCAAAACAUGAAGGUAAUUCCGUUCCUGAGCUGACGGAAGAUCAUCUUCGCCAAGUGGUCACCAUGUCACACAACUUCAAGAGUUAUCUUAAGGCAGUUCGUGGGGCCGAAGAGGAAAAUGCUUAUCUUACGCGAGUAAGAAAUGACACGACCAAAGCUUCAGAGGGAAAGGUUCUAAGCUAG